AUGUGGUCAUGGCUGCUCAGGCCCUCUCAGCCAUCCGCAGCACCCGACCUGGAAGUGAUCUCCCAGCAGGUGGAGGAUGAAGGUCAGUGCAUGGCUCCAGUGCAGCUGGUCAGCUUUACUUACCGAGAUCUCCCUCUGGCUGCGCUCGACAUCUCACUGGCUGGCUCUCAGCUCAUCUCCAACCUGGAUGAAGAAGAAAAUAGAGAAGGGUCUAACUGGCUGAAGCCAUGCUGCGGGAGGAGGGCAGCUCUUUGGCAGGUGUGUUUGCUGAGUGCAGGUUUUAACUGCUUGCUGGUGGCGUGUGUUAUUCUGGUGGUGGUGCUGCUGACUCUGGAGCUGCUCAUCGACACCCGGCUGCUGCAGUUUACCAAUGCGUCCCAGUUUGCUGGCAUUAUUCACUGGAUCAGCCUGGUCAUUCUCUCCAUUUUCUUCACUGAGACUGUCUUCAGGAUUGUGGUGCUGGGGAUAUGGGAUUACAUAGAGAACAAAGUUGAGGUGUUUGAUGGUGCUGUGAUUGUGCUCUCUUUGGCCCCGAUGGUUGCCUCCACUGUUGCUAAUGGACCCAGCAGCCCUUGGGAUGCCAUUAGCCUCAUCAUCACCCUUCGCAUAUGGAGGGUCAAGAGAAUUAUUGAUGCGUAUGUGCUGCAGGUGAAGGUGGAGAUGGAGAUGGAGCUUCAGCAGUAUGAAAAGGCUAAAGCCGUGCGGGAGGAGCAGCUGGAGAGGCUCACACAGAUCUGUCAAGAGCAGGCGUUUGAGAUCAGGCAAUUGCGGGCUCACUUAGCUCAGCAGGAUCUGGACCUGGUUGCAGAGCGGGAGGCUGCUAUGCAGAUCCACCACGUAUGGGGAAAGCAGAGCAGCAGCUUUCAGGAGGUGGAUGGACUCGGACCCACAGCCUCCAACACUGAGGGCAGAGGCAAAAGGAGAGAGGCAGGAGCUCCUACAGAAAACAUCACUCAAGAUGACAUGAACAAUUACAUCAGCCAGUAUUACAGCGAGCCAAGUAGUGAUAUUGGGGUUCCAGAGCCAGGCGCACGCGUUAUAACUACUGCAGCCAUAGACGUGCACCUGCCCACCAACCCAUGCCAGUUGCCUCCAUCUCUGGUGAGCACUGAUGGACCAGGCAGCUCAGUGAGUGAAGCUCCCAGCAGCACAGCGUCACGCUCCAGCUUCUCGGCACGCCAGCAGAGUGUCAGCAGCCACACGCUGGCCUCCAGCAGCGAGUGCAGCUCCACCGUACGCGAGGCCUCCACCACCGACUACAGCGGCCAGCACUGCUGCCCACCACCUUACUGCAGCCCACUGACACUGGGCACGCAGGGAGGAGGACACAACCCCAGCGCUGUGGUCCAGGAGCUUCUCUCAUCCCUGUCUGAGGACUCGUGUCUGGCCCAGAAGGGCCGAGUGAACCCACUUAACCUGAAGCUCCCCAGUCCAGCCGGCUCAGCUAAGACCAGUCCCGAGCUAGAGCACAGGGUCAAUAUUUAUAAUAAGAGGAACCAAGAGAGUCUGGCUGUGUUUCAAACCAAGCCGUUGAUCCACCUGCAGGGAAAUGAGCCAUUGCUGGAUGAGAAGUACAGACUCAUGGAGCCUGCAGAUGCUCCAAUGACUCACAUGCCAGACACGUAG